GCAAACCGAGCAAGUUAUUCCAGCAGCCAACACAAGCAAAGAGUUUUGCCAACUCUCUCAACACUUUGAUCUGGUCUCAAUGGGCUCGCUCGGAAUUCGCUCCCAAUCUCAGGGGUUGCUCGUUCUCUGCGCCCUCUGUACUGCUUUGCUAUCGGAGAGUCGGCCAAUAAGGAGGUCGGUGAGUGAGAUGCAACUGAUGCACGAUAUGGGGAGGCAUCUGUACGAUAGUAAGAGACAAGAGCUGAUUAAAGAUGUGGUAAGAGAUGUCCACACAGCCAGCGAGAAGCAUAUCACCCCUUACACCGAGUCUCUGAGCCCUAAACACCCUCGCUCGUGCAAGCUCUCACCCGCGGUGAGAAGGCAACAGAGCAGGGCAAAGAGCAGGAGGCCGAGGAACAGCGAGAAAGAGGGAAUCAAGAGCGUGAGUGCUGACGACUUCUCGGACAUGGGAACACCGCAAGAUCUCGACAGUCUACCAAAGACUGCUGACGAUAUUGCCUGAAGAACUUGCUCAUCAUUUCCCUGAUUUGAACAAGUUAGAUUGCUGCUAUAUUCCUUUGAUUUCAAUACUCCUUUGAAAACUAAAUGUAAGCUAAUAGCGAUCAAUGCCCAAAGUAUUAGGGAUGGAGAAGCAAUGUGGUUAAAUCUAAAAAAAGCCCUCUAAAAUGACAACGGCAAUUUGAUUUGGGUAAUAAAUGUUGACCUUUCUAGCAAAGCCCAGAUCCUUAAAAAUGAAUAAGUCAAAUGAGUGUCCUUUUAUUUCAAGAUUUGUGUUCACUUUGCAUGAAGGGUAUAUUAUAAAACCAAUGUCAGCUUCUUUUAACUGUUGAUACUAAAGUUGCCACGCAAAUUUGGCAUCACGUCCACUCUUUGCACAGAACAUGGCAAGCAAAUCACCUUAUCCCAGUGAGAUGAGAUGCAACAACAACCUGCAUCGACAUUGCACCAAGCACAGAGCAAAGAGUGGCAAAACCAUGACUCAAUGGGGGGGAACCUCUUACCUUUGGCCACAAAGGUGCCUCCUUCAGUUUACUGUAAGAUCUGGUGGUUAGAUCGUAGAUAUAUAUUAUUUUGUAAAACACUGGUGUAGUUUUAAAAUAUAUUUGGCUUUUCUUCUAUACGCAUUGGGUUAGAAAUGAAGGGGAGAUGAACCCUUAUUAUGCCAUUAACAUUAAAUAUGAUACAAAAUGCUAGAGUAAUGGGCCUGUCCCACUUACGCAACUUUUUC